ACUUCUGCACCAGGGCUUCCGGUUCCCGGGUCGUGGUGUUUGUUUUGGUUUGCCGGGUUUUUCUUCCUUCUUCCGGUUGUUUGGGCGCGAAAAGAGUGAGCUGCGCUUUCCGAGGCCGGGAAUAAACGGCCAUGAGUGGAGAAAGAGGUGAAGCGACUGAGGGAUCCAGAAAGCGAUGAAUUUUGAGCCUCACGCUCUGGUGACUAUGUAUCAUUGCAAUUGUAUUGUUUAGAUCAAAAUGCCUGGCAAAGCAAAUGCUUCUAAGAGGAAAUCUCAACAGUUAUCAAAGAAAAAUUCAAAACAAAGAGCUGAUGAAGAAGUGGAUUUUCCAGAGAAUGAGGUUGGAAACACAGCGAAAAGAAACAAAAGUCAGGCAGGGCAUCUGUCCUCUAAAGCAACAGGACAAGCAAAAUCUAUUAACCUAAAGCAGAUAAAAGUAGCGUCCAACAAGAGAACAACCUGGCAGCCUCUUCCAAAAAGUACUGAAGAAUAUUUGCAAAGUAUGAUGGAGUCAGUAAUUCUAGAAAUUUUAACCAAAAACAUUAAAGGAAAAGAAGAAAUUCAGUAUCAUCUCAACUACUUGAAGAAGAGAUUACUGCAACAGUAUGGAACACUGAAAGUCCCUCCCAGAAAGCUGAACUAUUUAACCGAUGUGUCAAAUCUGCUGAAAGUGGAAAGGGCACAGGAAAGAGCUCAUGAAGAGGACCUGGCUUUACUGCAGGAAGAAAUAGACAAGAUAGUAGAGACCACAGAGUCAAUGACUGAAAGUAUUCAGAGCCUAAAGAACAAAAUUCAGAUUCUGACAAAUGAGGUAGAGGAAGAGGAGCAGAAGGUGAAACAGGAAUUUCACCUGGAUAGUAAUAAGGUACUAUCUCUUCCAGAACUUUCUCAGAAAAGUCUUAGAGCACCCACUCUUCAAGAAGAAAUUUUGGCAGUAAUUCCAAACCAGAAUGCUCUUCUGAAGGACUUGGAUGUCCUUCAUAAUUCAUCCCCAGUGAAGGACAUAUCAGCGUUCAUUCAAGAAGCCUAUAGGAAACUUGAUGGCUCUUAAGGAGUUGGUUGUGGUUUUUGUUUUUAAGUAUUGUUUCAUAUUAACUUAUCGUUUAUGAAUUGUGAAACCUUCCUUUUUAAGACAGAGUCACUCUGUGUGUAGCCUGGGCUGGCC